AUGCUUCCUGACGUCUACCCUGCCUUGUGUCUGGCUCUCGGUCCAGGAGCAGGAGGCUUCCAGCCUGCCACCUACGGUCCGGGCGGCGGGGGAGCGGGAGGUGCGGCUGCAAGUUUUGGGGCCGGUGCGAAGCCUCCGAAAACAGGUGGCGUCUACGGUGGCCAAGGAGGACUGAGUGCAGGUUUUGGACCGGGACUAGCGACGGGUGGCGGAGCCGUAGGUGCAGGUGGACUCGGACUCGGGGGUCUUGGACGUUAUGGAACCGGGGGAGCCUCUGCAGCCGGUUUGGGUUUAGGAGGUCAAGCGGGUGCGGUCCAAGCACUUGGAUCGCAAGGCGCCGGUCAAGGAACUGGAACGGGCCUCGUUCCCGCAGGUGGCUUUGGAGGUGCUUAUGGACAAGGCGGCGGUAGCCAGUAUCCAGGACUUGGCGGAACUGGACCCAAACCUCCGAAAUCAGGUUAUAGUCCAGUGGGAACAGGAUUCGGACCUAAUGGUGCAGGGUCCGGACCAGGGAGUGCCGGAGUUGGGCCUGAAGGCAUCGGAUUCGGACUUGGACGUGCAGAGGGUGGGCCUGGAGGUGCAAGGUUUGGACCUGGAAGUGCGGGGGUGGGGCCUGGAGGUGCCAGGUUUGGACCUGGAAGUGCAGGGGCGGGGCCUGUGGGUGCAGGAUUCCUACCCGGGGCUGCAGGAGUUGGGCCCGGCAGUAAAGCAUCAAAACAACUUCCAGGUGUAGGGGUGCCUGGACUGUACCAAGGUGGAUUUGUACCAAGUCAAGAUUUUGUAAGCCGAGGUGUUGUCCCUGGAGUGCCGACUGGAACUGGACUUGGACCGCAGGCUGGUGGCAGAGUACUCGGCCAAGGUGCAGACGACGGUCGAGGACAUCAACUGCCAGGGGUUUUUCGCGGAUACCCUCUCAUAUCGCCCAAGUCAGGCACAGGAAAGUCAAAAAGUCCAGCCAAAGCAGCAGCCAAGUAUGCGGGUGGAGCUGGAGCAGGUACCCUUGGUCAAGUUGGUGCUGGACUACCUGCUGGAGGGACCGGUCUCCCUGGAUUUGUCGGUGGACCUGGAGCUGUUCCUGCAUUCGGAGGCGGAGUUGGAUCAGCUGGGGGACCUGGAGCCGUUCCUGGAUAUGGGGGUGGAAUGGGAACAACGGGUGGACCGGGAGCUCUUCCUGGAUAUGGCGGUGGAGCUGGAACAGGUUAUGGUCCCGGCUCAGCCAAAGCACUCAAAUAUGAGCAAUCUGGUGGCGUCGGCACCGGUGCGACUGGAGGCCUUGGCGUACCGGGAGGGCGCUAUGGCGCUGGCGUGAGUGGCCCUGGAUAUGGUGGCGCUGGCACUGGGAUAGACGGUCCUGCAUAUGGCCUAGGUGCUGCUGGAACUGGAUUAGGUGGUGCUGCCGGUGGACCUGGCGGAAGAGGUUAUGGGCCAGGGAGUAGUGGUACUGGACCAGGAAGAGCUGGACAAGUACUCGGAGGAAUAGGAACGGCAUCUGCUGGGUACAACGGCAAUGCCAAAGCCCGUAAAUAUGGAAUGUUCAGUGGAGCACUGGGAAGUCAAGGAAUGAGUACUGGAGGCGUUGGACCGGGCGGAGCUGGCAUGGGCUAUGGACCAGGAGGGGUCAGGCCUGGUGGUGUUGGUACAGGGUUUGGACCUGGAGGAAUUGUACCGAGUGGUACUGUGUCAGGGUUUGGCCCAGGAGAAGUCAGACCUGGAGGCGCAGGUAAAAGUUACGGUCCAGGAGGGGUUAUUGGACCUGGGGGCGCCGGUACAGGUUUUUCACCCGGAAUUGGAAUGGUGCCUGGUGGCGCGAGCACUGCCUACAGACCAGAGGCAGGAGUUGGGCCUGGAGGAGCCGGCACUGGAUUUGGACCAGGUGCAGGAGUUGGACCAGGAGGUUAUGCUGGUGCCAAAGCCCGCAAAUAUGGUGGACUUGGUGUUGUAAGUGGACCAAGUUCUGGCCUUGGAGGAGCAGGGUUCCACGGGCGAGGCGCUGGAGGAGCCGGUGCAGGACUCGGGGCAAGUGGACUGCCCCCUUCUAGUGUUGGAAUUGGGGGAGCACAUGGUGGUUUUGGACCAGGUGGCGCCGGAGGUCUUCCUGUUGGCGGUGGAGUGCCUGGGUCGGGUGUAGAUGGAAGACGAGGGGGAGCGCCGGGGACCACCGGAACCGGAUAUGGACUUGGGGGUUACAGCCCCGAGGCUGGGACAGGCUUUGAAUCAGCGACAGGCUACGGUGCAGGGGCAGGGACUGGGACUGGAUAUGGACCAGACUAUGGAGUUGGCUCGAAAGCUGCCAAAUAUGGUACAAAUAUGACGUCGCUUCAUUCAAAUGAGCACCCUAUAAUAGAUGAAGUCUUUGCUCUCGUCCCCAUAAAUGACUUGUGUGAUCGGUGCAGGACAAGGUGGAGCCGGACAAAGUGGAGUCGGUGGAGGGGUACUCGGAGGCGGGCCCGGACAAGACUUGCAUUUACCUGCUGGCAUGCGCACACCACACUAGGUCAAACUGGUGGAGUGUCAACGGGACCAGGCGGUGGCACUGGCGCUGCGGUCAAUGGUACCAGAGUGUACAUGAACGGAAGCGGCAGGGGCGAGGCCGCUCGCACAACAACUAGACCCGGCGGUGAGGGUGGUCCGGGCGGUAUGAUAGAGGGCUCUGGCAUUGCUGCAGGAGAAGGGGCCGGCGGGGGGGUCGCUGGCAGACCAUUUGGUGCAGGAACUGAUGGAGACGGUCUUAAAGGAACAGGAAUUCCCAUCCCUGGAGGCAGACCAGGAUUCGGUGGGACUCCUCUUCCAGGAUCCACAGGAGCCGCACCCGGUGGUGGGGGAGCUGUCCAACCAACUGGCGCAAGUGGGGUCCUACCUGGAGCUAAACCUCUCAAAGCACCUGGAGUCCCGAGAGGAGAUACCCCAGGUGAGGGCGAGGGACAAGUACGUCCUGAUGGAAGCGCAGAUGGUCAGCGUAGGACAGGAGGAAGAUUGACCGGAGGAGAAGGUGUACGAGACUCUGGAACUGGAUUUGGACUAGCAGGAGGCGCGACACCAAAACCAUCCAAAGCAUACAAUCCGGAUGGGACCAAAGUUGGAGCUUUACCUGGUGGAGUAGGAGGUGGCACCGGGGUAGUUGGAGGAGGUCCGGGAGGAGUUGGGACCGGACCCGGUGUAGUUGAAGGAGGUCCAGGAGGGGGGACUGGACUUGGUGUUAGUGGAGGAUAUCCACAAGGAGUUGGGGCCUCUGGCGGAGUAGGAACAGGUCUCACAAAACCUGGAAAAAGUUAUGGUGCUGUUGGAGCUGGAGCUUUACCAGGUGGAGGUCUACGCUUCCCGAAUGGAGCUGGUGUAGGACACGGAGGAAACCCAGGCAAAACGUUGGGAAGCCAAGGUGGAGUUGGGACUGGCAGCUAUGGCGGUCCCGGAGGUGUUGGUGCUGGUCCGGGAGGAGGUGGGAUUGGUGUCAUUGGAGGAGGUCAAGGAGGAUUUGGGACUGGACUUGAUGGAGUUGGGAGCGGGCCUGGCGUAUAUGGAGGGGGUCCUGGAAGAGUGGGGCCCGGGCCUGGAGAAGUAGCUACGGCUCUCACGGAAGCUGGAAAAAGUUAUGGUGCUACUGGAGCUGGACCCUUCCCAGCUGGAGGUUUACGCUUCCCGACUGGAGCUGGUGCAGGACAAGGAGCAUAUGGGAACUUUGGUUCAGGAAGUCAAGGUGGGCGCGGGGCUGGUGGCUACGAUGGUGCCGGAGGUGUUGGCCCCAAUUCGGGAGGACUUGGGACAGGAACAGGUGUGACUGGAGGAGGUCCAGGACAAUUGGGGACUGGGCCCGGUGCCGUCGGUGGAGGUACAGGAGUCGUCGGAACGGGUCUUGGUGGCAUGGUGCCUGGCAGAGUAGGACCAGGGAUCGCAAAACCUGGAAAAAGUUACGAUGGUGCCGGUGGAGCUGGAGUCUUGCCAGGUGGAGGUAUGACAAAUUGCACUUGCAAGAUCAAGGUGUCAGACUUUUCUAAAAAAACGUGCAAUCGAACUCUUUGCUCCAUCUCAGGUCUACGUUUUCCGAACGGCGCCGGCGUAGGGCAAGGAGGAAAACCAGGCAAAACUUAUGGUACUUUCGGAGCGGGGGGUCAAGGUGGACUCGGACCCGGCGGCUAUGCUGGACCCGGAGGUGUUGGUGCCGGUCAUGGAGGCUAUGGUACAGGGCUUGGAGGUUUUGGUCCUGGGCUCAGCAGUUAUGGGGGUGGACCUGGAGCCUAUGAUGCCAAGCUCGGAGGCAGGGGCAUGGGUGGUAAUCUUGGUGGAACUGGAAACUUUGGAUUUGGACCUGCUGGAGCGGGUCCUGGCGGACCGGGUUAUGGUGGGGGUGCCGGUGGACCGGGAGGAUAUGCCGCUUCAAGGCACGGUGCUGGAAAACCAUCAAAAAGCUAUGGGGCAGGAGCUGUUGGAAAUAGAAAUGGGUCUGGUGGCUACGGAACCGGAGGAGUUGGAGCCGCCUCCGGUCCAGGGGCUUUCGGACAAGGUGGUAUUGGUCCUGGAGCAUAUGGGCCUGGCGCUGCAGGAGCAGGACAACGAUUGGGUGGCUUUGGAACUGGGACAGGUGGCUACGGACCAGGUGGUGGUGCCACAGGGCCUGGCGGCUAUGGAGCUGGUGGAGCGGGUCAAGGAUUGAACAUCAGGAAGCCCGCCAAAUCGGGCUACGGUUCAUCCUCGCUUGGAGGAGCUGGCUAUGGCACUUUCGUACCAAGCGGUGCUGGCACGGGAGCAGGUGGAUUUGGACCAGCCGGUGGCUUCAGACCCAGUGGUGCCGGCACGGGAACCGGCGGUUACGGACCGGCAGGUGGACUACGACCAGGAGGUGCCGUGGCGGGAGGCUUCAUACCGGGAAAUGCUGGCACAGCAACAGGUGGCUUUGGACCCGGUGGUGACUUCAGACCAGGUGGUUCAGGUCCUGGAACAGGUGGAUUGGUACCAAGCGGUGCUACCAAGGGCAGGGGAGGCUUCACACCAGGUGCUGCCGGCACAGGAACCGGUGGAAUCGGACCAGGGGUUGCUGGAGCGGGCGGCUUCGGUCCAGCCGGCGCAGGCAUGGGAAUGGGUGGAUUUGGACCGGCGGCUGCCGGGGCAGGCGGCUUCGGCCCAGGCACAGGAACAGGUAGUUUUGGACCCGGAGUUUCCGGCACGGGAGCAGGUGGCUUCGGUCCUGGUGGCGCCGGCCCAGGAUUAGGUGGUUUUGGACCGGGUGGCCAGCCAUCCGGCAAAGGUGGUGCCGUUUUCAAUGGAGCGGGACCAGGCAGCUAUGGCCCGGGAGGAACCGGGACGGGCUCUUAUGGCUUCGGGCCCAGGGGUGCUGGAAUCGGAGGCUAUGGUCCAGGAGCGGCCGGAAGCGCGCCGACGAUAGGCGGCCGUGCGGGAUACGGACCUGGCGGGCAAGCGUUUGGAGCAACAAAACCUGCAAAGUCAGGUUACGGAUCAUCCUUUGGAGGAGCAGGAUAUAGGCCGGCAGGGGGCGCCAUGAGCGGCUUCGGCGGACCGGCUCCCGGAGGCUAUCCCGGAUACGCGGGGGCCGCGCAAAAAUCGAGCGCGCAGAAGGCGGCCAAGUACGCCGCCAUGCAGAGCCUGUUGGCAGGGGGAGCCUACGGAGGCGCCGGCGGCUGUCAGGGCAAAUACUGCGGCCCGAGGAGGAAGUGAGCGCACCGAGCGGGAUGUGACCUCAUUGCAACAACGGAGCAAACGAAGCUUCCUACCUUCGCUGGAGCUCGGGCACAUCCGGCGGGCGUCAGCUGCUCGCCGCCGCCAUCGGGAUUCCCUGGAGCCUAACAAAAAAAAAAAAUCAAAUAAAAUGUUCCAAAACGUCUUCUAGCCAAGCAUCCCAAGUCAAGAAAA